CUUGUAGUUUUUGUCAUAUUCUUAUGAAUGGCGUAGGAAAUGUGUUAGUUGAUUCUUUAACAUGCUUUUUAACGAUAGGAUAAAUCAUAUAUACAAAUCUAAUUUAAUAGAAGUAAAUUUAAAAUACUAACAUUUACAUAAUUCGUAUAAUUAUUGUAUAACGAAAAGAAAAUCGUUGUUUGUAUCUGAUAUAUAAAUCUAACCUAUCACUUUGCCGCGUUGUCGAAUUGUAUGUAAAUAAAGAAAUUUCUAAAAUAUGUUCGUACUUGCGGAACUUAAAGAUACCGUUAGAAUACCACCAUGGAAAUUUAAACGAAAAUUGAAUGAUGCAAUCACUGACGAAUUAAAUAGGAAAUUAGCUAAUAAGGUAUAUUUAAACGUGGGUCUUUGCAUUGCAUUGCACGACAUAACAAAAAUAGAAGAAUCAUAUAUUUUUCCAGGAGAUGGUUCUUCACAUACAAAAGUAUUAUUUAGAUUUGUAGUGUUCCGUCCAUUUAUGGAGGAGAUUCUAAUAGGAAAAAUACGUAGUUGUAGCGUUGAUGGGGUUCAUGUAACAUUAGGAUUUUUCGAGGAUAUAGUUAUUCCACCUCACAAAUUACAGCAUCCCUCUAGAUUUGAUCAAGCGGAACAAGCGUGGAUUUGGGAAUACGAUACUGGAGAUGGAGAAAAACAUGAUCUUUUUAUGGAUGCAGGCGAAAUCAUUAGAUUCCGAGUAGUCAGUGAAACCUUUACGGAAACAUUACCAUCAGGUCCUAACAUUUCUAAUGAAACUGUUGAAAAACCUGAAGUUAGCAAUAUAUCUCCUUAUACUUUGGGUGUAAGUGUAAAUCAAUUGAAAGUAUUACAUUUUUUAAUUUGCAACUUUUGUAUUACUUAACUUUUUUCACAUUACCUAAUCACACAGGGUGCUAUAGAUGAACCUGGUCUUGGUUUACUUACUUGGUGGGAAAAUGCAUAAAAGCCUGUGAAAAUGCAGUGAAUACUUUCAGACUUAUUAAAUGCAACAUUUAAAAGUACUGAAUCUUCGUCAAUAAAUUUAUAUUUCACAGCACAUCUCAAUGUAUCAUAGAAUGUUACAUCUGUGACCUGCAUCACAAAGUGACAUAUUUUCCAAUACAAUUUUUUUCAUGUGCAGGUAUGUUUACGCUUAGUUUUGAUUGAUAACAGAAUUAGUAAGAAUAAUUUGUACAAUAUAUACAAAGAUGUUGUGUACUAAACACGUGAUAACACACGCAAAAAUAAUUACAAUGUUAUAGAAAACAGAUCUUUCUAGUUGGCUAUCUAUAAAUUAUUAUACGCGAGUUAUUAAAUACAACAUAAAUAAUAAAUUUCCAUUGAUAUUAUCUUAAAAUAUUAACAUCGUUUAAUAUGUCGCAGGACAUAUUGAGUUAACCAAAUAGUAAAGUUCUUAAAUACUUUAAACACACGAAAUACUCCGUUUAUAUCAUAUUAGACUUGUUAACGUGUUAUUGCAUAAGGAAUUUGAAAUAACUAAAGCGCGACGGUAAACUAUAAAUUUAAAAAAGGCUAAUUCCAUUACAGUAAAUUCUCAAGUAAAAUCACGAAUACAAAUAUCAUUUCUCAUAAUAUAUAAAUAUGUAAUAAUUGAUCUCAGUUCUUAUUUCAAUAACAUGUAUUAUAAAACAGAUUAUAUGAAGCAUAUCUUUUAAGAAUAAAGUACUAGAUAAACCGGUAACAUGUUUCGUAAAUGUCUCGUAACAGUAUAGUUUUUCUAGGAGGAUUCUUUAAAGCAAAUUAUCUAAUAUUCCGAUUGCAGGUGCAAAUAGUGAAGCGGCAUGAAUAUCGAUAAUAUAAUAUAAUAUAUCAUGAACAUUUCAAAGUCAAAUGGAAUUUUAUGUAACACAAAUCUUAUCACAGCUCUAACCAUUAAAAUAUGUCAUGCGUAA